UCUCCCUCUCUCUCUCUCACACACACCCCCUCCACUAGAGCUGAACCACACAUACAAGAGGGUUCUCCACAGCAAAGAUAAAAAAAAAAAGAAAAAGAUACAAGCUUUAAGCCAAUUUGAGUAUUGAGAACACAUAGAACCACUCAAAUUCACGCACCCAGUGAUUUUUUUUUCCUUUUUUCCUUUGUGUUUUUUUCUUGGGGAGAAGCAAAAUCUCAUGGCAAGGGAAGUAUGAGGUCUUAGAACUCAUUAAGCCACUGAAAUUUGAACAGAAGUUGUUUGUUUGGUUCUUGCGAAAAAAUAUUGAAUUCCCGGAAGGCUGUUUUUGAUGAAAAGGAAGAACAAAAACAUCGGAUCUUCCAUUUCUUGGUCUCAGAUCCCCCUGCCAUGAAAACCCUUCAAUCUAGCUAGGUUUUGUUUCUCCAGAAUCUGAAAAGUUGGGGGCUCUACUGGGAUUUUGAGAUGGGGAGCUCAGCGGAUGAGCCCAAAGACAAUGGGGGCAUUGACCCUUCUGUGGGAGGGUUGGUUUGGGUCCAGAGGCGUAAUGGGUCAUGGUGGCCUGGUCGGAUAAUGGCUCUGGAUGAGAUUUCUGAUAGCUGCUUGGCCUCUCCGAAAUCGGGCACUCCUGUUAAGCUUCUUGGUCGUGAGGAUGCAAGCGUGGAUUGGUAUAAUCUUGAGAAAUCCAGGAGGGUGAAGGCCUUCCGUUGCGGGGAUUAUGAUGAAUGUAUUGAGAAGGCAAAGGCCUCUGCAGCCAAUCCUAAUAGAAAGGCGGUGAAAUAUGCUCGUAGGGAAGAUGCAAUUAUCCAUGCACUUGAGCUUGAGAGCGUUCUUCAGGGAAAGGAUCAUCAGUAUGUCUACUCCGAAAUGGAGAAUUUGGUUCGUGAGAAAAGUAGUUCUGCCCAAGAGUCACCUACAGUAUCUCAAUCUGGCGAAGAUGAUGACCUGAUCAACGAAGAGAGUGAUUCUGAAGAAGAUUCAGGUUCAGCGCAGGAAUUAUCGCAAUCUGGCAUAUCAUUUGAAGAGCCAAAUCAUAUCAGUGCUUCAAAGGUGCAAUCUGGGAAAGGAAAGAGAAGAAGAACCCCAAAUGAUUCCGAGGAUGAUGGAACAGCAGUAAUAAAGCGAAUGAAAGGACUUGAAGAUCUAGGAAUAUGUGUUGGAUCAAAGAGAAAACUCUCAGGAGGAGGAGCAGUUGAGCUCAUUAAACAUGACUGUAGUCCACUUUAUGAUUCUCACCCUGGCAAUGGCACGUCUUAUGGGACUCCUGUCAAUGGAAGCAAGGGUAACAACUCCUCUUUGAAAGGAAGGAGGUCCCAAGCAGCAAAUGUGCAUGAAUUGAGAAGGAAAAAUCGUUGCCGCGCACUGACUAAGGUUUUGGAAAGUACAGCUAUGGUGCCCAUUCCUGUUACUUGUGAUGAACUUCCAAGUACACAUGGUUCAUCUCAGUGUGGACUUCCUGACGCAAAAGUUUGGGGAUUGGAAUCUAAUGAGUCAAGAAAAAUUAUUUCCUUGGUAACUAACAAUAACUCAGACAGCACUGGAGUAUCAUGUGAGACCUCUUUACAUGCUUCGGAAAAUGUAUGUGAUGCUUCACUUAUUAUUAACAAGACAAAGGAGAAUGAGAUUUCCAGCAUGUCAGUUUUGGCCAAUGAUACUCAUGACAAGUUAUUUGAUGUCCCAUUUGUUGGGGAGGAAAAACACUCUGCAGAUUUUUCUCCCGUGGUUGGUGCAUUGGCGAGGCAAUCUAGUCUAAGUAGUCAAGCUGAAGCUAUGUCUUUGAAAAACGAGGGCCUUAAUGAAUUUGUUUCGACCAGUUUGGCAGCUGUUCCUGAUGAUUUGUGCCAGAAUCCGGAGAAAGGUACAACGUGGCUGUUAAAAGGAAAGAGGAAUGCAAGAAAAUUAAGUAAAAAUAGAAUACAGGACUCAAGAAAAUAUGUGGGCACGGAUGAUGUAUCCAAUGCUUAUUUGACAGGUACAGAGCACUUGGAUGGACUCCAACUGGCUGCUGUUCAGAAAGUUGAUUGUGAUGGCAUUGGUGGAUCCAAAACUCUGUACAAUUACUCCUCAUCUGAACCCGGUUUAGAAGGCGAUUUCUGGGGUUGGAACGGAUCUUACCAGCUACAUCCUAUGAGAGGUUUUAGAGCAGAAACAAAGGUUUUGCCUCAUGGUUAUGUGAGCCCUCAAAGAUCACUUCCUUUUCGGCAGUCGCGCUUUACAGUUCAUCCUAAAUAUCAGAUGUCAGACCUUCCUGUCAAAAGUUUUUGCACUGAUUCUAAACUCUAUGAUGUAGAGCUUGAGGUGAAAGCCAACUAUCGGCCACAGCAGGUUUCAUUGGUUUCUCUUGUGAGCAAGAUAGAUAGUAGAGCAAUUGUGGGCCAUCCCUUAACAGUUGAGGUGUUGGAUGAUGGUCAUUGUGAUCGUAUGAUGAGUGGCAUUGAAUAUGAUACAACUCAUUUGGCUCCUUUCAAAGCCAAAAUAACCAGUUACGCCGUUAAGAGAAAUUUUGAGGUUGGAAGAAAAUCUGCCAAAGAUAAGUCUCGGAAGCCACGCUCUUCUCAGAGCAAAUCAUCCAAAGUGAAGAAAGGUGGGCUAAUGUCUAAGAAGAUCCGGAAACUGUCAUCACUGACUGGCCAAAGAAGUGAAGAAGAGAGGAAACCGGUGUUGGCAAAGCUCAAGGAUCCUGUUAUAACUUGUAUACCUCUGAAAUUAGUGUUCAGUAGGAUAAACGAGGCAGUUAAUGGUUUGGCACGACCGACUCAUCGUGCUUUAACCCCUGGCAACUCUUGAAUUUGCUUCUCUGGGAAAAGUUGCGGCAGCAGGUGGAUUGAAUGGCAAAUAUCGUUGUGUAUUUUGGGAUUUUUGAUCCACUGAGGGAGCUGAGCCUUCUGCCAAUUUGAACUUGUGCCUGCCCUGAAGGUGGCUGCAAUGCCACAAUGUUUCGUUGUUGAAAGGAGUUGAAUUCUGUAGGAGAAUGAUGGACAGUGGCUGCGACGGCUCUGUAUAUAAUGUAACAUACUUCAGGUGUAGUCGUGGUAAGUUGGUAUUAGGUAUCGGUGGCCGUACGUUAGUUCUUUUCUGUUGAAUACUAAGUUUAAUUUAUGAAUUUAGAUUGAUCCUGAGGGAUAAUAACUAGAAUUUUGAGUUUGAUGCCCGGUUUCGGACAUGGUUGGGAAGUUCUUCCCAGAAUUUGUGAAUUGUUCAUUGCUUUGCUUAUAAGUGAACCAAAUAACUCUUUUUUUUAAGUUUUGCACUUGGGGAAGUGCUUUCUUUUA